AUGGCAUUGGAUACUUUAGACUUUGCAGUGUUGUUUGCAUUGGCCGUGGCCGUCGUGGCGUAUUUCGCCAAGGAUCAAAUUUUUGGGUCGGGGAAUGCUAAUGAAAAGGGCUUCUUGUCCAAUACGGGUUCUUCAGGAUCAUCGAGAGAUUUGGUUGAGGUUUUAAAGAAGAAUAACAAGAAUACCGUGUUGUUUUAUGGGUCCCAAACAGGUACAGCGGAGGAUUAUGCUUCUAAAUUACUGAAGGAAUUAGCUUCUAGAUUUGGUUUAAAAUGUUUGACUGCUGAUUUGGCAGAUUACGAUUAUGACACGUUGGAUACCAUUUCCAAUGACGUAUUGGUUUUCUUCCUUAUGGCUACUUAUGGUGAAGGGGAACCAACUGAUAAUGCUGUUGAAUUCUAUGAUUAUUUACAAAAUGAUGCAGACCAAUUGGCUACGUUGAAGUAUACCGUAUUUGGAUUAGGUAAUUCCACCUACGAAUUUUAUAAUGCUAUUGGGAAGAAUGUCUUUGAGAAAUUGGAAUCCUUGGGUUCAGAAUCGUUUGCUCCUUAUGGUGAAGGUGAUGAUGGUAAAGGUACCAUGGAUGAAGACUUUUUGGCUUGGAAGGAAAAAGUAUUUGAUGCUUUGAAGAAUGAUUUGAAUUUCGAAGAACAUGAUUUAACUUAUGAACCUGCUAUUGAGAUCAUCCCCAUGGAUAAAGAUGUUAAUGACGAAACGGUAUCUUAUGGUGAACCAAGUGCAAAAUACUUGGAUCCAACUUAUAAUGCUUCAAGAGGUCCAUUUGAUCAUUCUCAUCCUUAUAUUGCCCCCAUUGCAACAACUACAGAAUUAUUCCACUCUAAAGAUCGGUCUUGUGUUCAUGCGGAGUUUGAUAUCAGUGGGUCCAAUUUAAGAUAUUCCACCGGUGAUCAUUUGGCUAUUUGGCCAUCGAAUUCGGAUGAAAAUAUCAAAUUGUUUGCUAAGGCUUUCAAUGUUGAAUCCAAAUUGAAUGAUGUAUUCAAAAUUAAAGCCUUGGAUUCAACUUAUUCAAUUCCAUUCCACACUCCUAUCACUUAUGGAGCUGUUAUUAGACAUCAUUUGGAGAUUUCAGGUGCAAUUUCAAGACAAUUUUUGUCGUCAAUUGCCAACUUUUCUCCUUCACCAGAAAUUAAAAAGGAAGUAACUAAAUUAGCCAACGACAAACUUUUAUUUGCUAAAGAAGUUACUAGUCAACAAUUGGAUGUGGCUGAUUUAUUAUUGAAAUUAUCUAAUGGCCAACCUUGGACUCAAAUUCCAUUUGAAUUUGUCAUUGAAACCAUUCCUCAUUUACAAGCUCGGUACUAUUCUAUUUCUUCCUCAUCAUUGACAGAAAAGACUUCAAUCCAUGUUACUGCAGUUGUUGAAGCCGAAACUCACCAUAAUAAGAAGGUUGGAGGUGUUGUUACCAAUUUACUCAAGAAUUUGGAAAUUGAACAAAAUAAUGAAAAAUCAGAACCCUUUUUACAUUAUGAUUUAAAAGGUCCAAGAGGUAAAUUUUCUAAUUUCAAAUUACCAGUUCAUGUUAGAAGAUCAACUUUCAAGUUACCUUCCAAUCCUUCAAUUCCCAUAAUUUUAAUUGGUCCAGGUACUGGGAUUGCACCCAUGAGAGGAUUUGUUAGAGAAAGAGUCACCUUAAAAAAGAAUGAUCCAAGUGUUACUAUUGGAGAGACAUUUGUGUUUUAUGGAUGUAGAACCAGAGAUGAAGAUUAUCUAUACAAGAAUGAAUGGCCAGAGUAUGCCAAGGCAUUAGGAGAUUCAUUCCAAAUGGAGGUGGCCUUUUCCAGAGAAGAUCCAACCAAGAAAGUUUAUGUUCAAGAUAAAUUAUUAGCGCAUCAACUGAAAUUGAAUGAAUUAUUAGACAAGGGUGCCUACAUAUAUGUUUGUGGAGAUGCCUCUAGAAUGGCUAGAGAUGUUCAAAAAACUUUAGGUUCAAUCUUGGCCAAGGGAAGAAAUAUAACUGAAGAAAAGGCUGCUGAAUUAAUAAGAUCUUUCAAGGUUCAAAAUAGAUACCAAGAAGAUGUAUGGUAA